CCCAGACAAAUUGGGCGUGGCUUCCUGCCCUUUCGGGAAGUCGAGAAUAAAGUCUUCAAAGAGUUUAUAAAACUCAGGCAAGCCAACAAAGCGGGGCAAAGAUGCACUACUAUCGUUAUGGAAAUGAAGAGGUCAGCUGCUGCUACAAGUACCUCAUGUUUAGCUACAACAUAAUAUUUUGGCUGGCUGGAGCAGCAUUCAUUGCCAUUGGGUUCUGGGCCUGGAGUGAGAAGGGUGUGCUGUUGGACCUGACCCAGGUGACACGGCUGCAUGGCUUUGACCCUGUGUGGCUGGUGCUGGCUGUGGGAGCGAUCACCUUCAUCCUGGGCUUCGCAGGAUGUGUAGGUGCACUCAGGGAGAACAUUUGCCUCCUCAAAUUUUUCUCAGGGGUCAUCGGGUUCAUCUUCUUCCUGGAGCUGACGGCAGCCGUGCUGGCGUUCGUCUUUCAGGACAACGUCAGGGAGUGGAUCAAUGACUUCUUCCUGUCCAACGUCAAGGCCUACAGGGAGGACAUUGACCUGCAGAACCUCAUCGACUCCCUGCAAAAGAUGAACCACUGCUGCGGAGCCAAGGAGCCUGAUGACUGGAACCUGAAUCUUUACUUCAACUGCACUGUCAACAACCCCAGCAGAGAGAGGUGUGGAGUGCCCUUCUCCUGCUGCCUCAGUGACCCUGCAGACACCGUUUUAAACACCCAGUGUGGAUAUGAUGUCCGUCAAGGUCCAAAGGGGGUCUGGAGUAACGCCAUUUACGUCAAGGGCUGCAUCCCAGCUUUGGAGGAGUGGCUGCCUCGGAAUAUCUACAUAAUAGCUGGAGUAUUCAUCGUUAUAUCUGUACUCCAGAUGAUGGGCAUCUUCUUUGCUCGGACACUGAUCGGUGACAUUGAGAAGGUCAGGUUUAACUACUACUGAGUGGUGUGGUGAAAUGCAUAGGCCUACAGAGGACAGUACUGGGACUAUCCACCAUUCCUCCCUAUCUCUGAUCUCUCUCUGAGGCAUGGCAAGGGACAAGAAUACGUCUAUACCCGUGGCUUGUUAUCUUUGGACUGUUCUGUCAGUCUCUGGAGAUGGGAUACCUCUGCAGAGCCUGCACAGUGGACAUUUAAUCCGCCUUAUUCAACACAAGACUCUUAUGUGCCUUCUCUCACAGGAUUGCAGUCGGACUUAAAAAUACACCCUGGGUUUCCCUUUGUUUAUGUAAUUAGAUACAUUUUUGUAUGGUUUGCCUCAGACACAGUGAAUGUUUGCCUCUUUCCCGGCGACAGUCUUAACCAAUAAACCCAGGUAGAUUCCUGGGUCAAUACAUCAUACCUCAAUGAUCCAAAAACAACAAUUUAAGUCGCCGCACAGGUUUAAAGGGUGUGUUCUCUAGCCUUCAGCGUUUCAUGAGUAGAAUGGUAGCAUAUCAGACUGGAGGAGGAGGAGGAGUAGGAGGAGUUUACCACGUCAGUGCAGCUGCAAUGGCUCCGUUAUAAGACCUCGCCCUAGAGUUCAAUCUGAAACAACAGGAUUUCGGCACUGUUAUGUGACAGGCUUUCAACUGGCACCACCAUUGUCCCUUACCUCAGCUAAACUUGAGAAAUGCAGCUCUAUUUUAAAGGUAGACUCAGUAGAUGCAGACAGUAAACUGCAUGGUGGGUCUAUUUCCACAACAAAGUGUGAGCCUCAACUUUAAAUUCUCUACCUACAAUGCUGUAACAGAGUGAAGUGAACCCGUGCAGAUACUGUGUUGAGCACAAAGUAUUGCAUCCUGCUCAUCUCAAUAUCUGUGGUGCUGCUCGUGGCAGUCAUCUAGCGGAGUCUACCUUUUUAAACCAUUAGAAUCAGUCUGCAGCUGGUCUAAACCAAAAGUGCAUAGCUGAACCUCUGACCUAUUGUCCAUCAUGCCUUGUCUUUUCUAGCAGUCAUGUGUCUCACAACUUGUCAUUCCACAAUGUGUACUGCAUCAUGCCAACUAGUGUUGCGUAUCGGUCAUGUAGACAUAACUUAAGGGAAACAACUGUUGACGCAAUGUGUGUGUAGAUGACAUGCUUUAUUUUGAUCAGUCUUAGAUGACCCCUAAGUGAAGUAUUAGUUGUUAGCUUGUUGACUCAAGAGUAGCUGAGUUGGAUUAUUUUACUGUUGUGUUGACUCCAGCCAAGGAAGCUUGGGCAAGUGCAGCAGUGGAGACAGAGCCCGGUGUCUCUCACCCAGACAAACAGGGAGACAUAGAGCCGGUGUCUCUCACCCAGACAGUGAGAGACAGAGCCGGUGUCUCUCACCCAGGGAGACAUCCAGAGCCCGGUGUCUCUCACCCAGGGAGACAUCCAGAGCAGCAUGGGCCACUUGAACCACAGGUGAGAUCUGAUCAUAGCGCUCACAUCCCAUCAACCUAUAGCCGGGAUCGUGCUGUGAUCACAUCACUCGACCUGGUUAUCUGCCUGCAUGGUGAAAGUUUUGAUUGAGAGAUUGUAUUCACCUAUAAUGUCUUGAAUAAUUUUUACUGUCUUAUCUUGAUCUGUUUUUCUAAACACAUUCACAAACGCAAACCCAGUCUGCGCCUUUUUAAUUUUAGCUUGAAAAUGUGCUGAGCUGUUCCACUCUGCUCUUGUUAGAUAUUAAAUACAAUGCUGUCUGAUCGGGCUGCCCGGAGGCACUUUAUAUAGAAAAGAUACAAUUACAACUGUACGGGAUGUCUUGAUGCCCAACUCGUGUCUCCUCUGCUCAGCCUUUACACCUCAACAAGACACCCAGCCCACAUCCAAGUGACCUCUGGCCACAGAAUGAGCACAGACUUCCUGAAACAUUACUCCAAGCCUUCUGAAAGCGUUUUCAGCGGCGGUGUUUGCUGCAAGCUAGAUAACUGCCAGUGCCUACACACAUUGAGCUUGCUUUACCUUCAUCCUGUCCAAUGAUGCCCUGCUCAUUCCCCCUCCACUGCUGUCCUCAUACCAGAAUGGGGUGCGUUACAGAGCCAUCUAUGGCAGGUAGCCUAGCGGUUAAGAACAUUGGGCCAGUAAUCGACUCUCCAAGCCUGCUAGGUGAAAAAUCUGAUGUGCCCUUGAGCAAAGCACUUAACCCUAAUUGCUCUGUAUAAGAGUGUCUGCCGAUUGACAAUGUAAUUGUUGAAUGAGGAUAUCUUUACAGCUGAUGAAUGCUAUACUUGAGCUAUAUGUCAUACAUUACAAGAUCAAAUUAAAGUGCUUUCAUUCAGGCCUUCAACUCCCAUUUACACAUCUGAUGGUCUAGGUCUUUUAUGUAGUUUAACAAUUUUGGGUGCUUGUGUUAGAUUGCUUCCAUGCGAUCAUGGCAGUGUUUUUAACAAAAGGGACUGUUUUUUUCCAUAUGUAGAUGUUCUCUGUUUUACCAAAUGACAUUUUGUAAAUGUGAAUUUUCUUAAUUCUGGAUAGGUUUUUAUAAGCAAUAAAGUAUGUUGUCCAUUUUU